CAUACGAAUCCCCGCCCUUGCAGGAGAAAGGGGGUUAACGUACUACCAAUCACAGCGCUAGAGCACUAAGGUAAGGUAUUGUGUGUACCUGUACUCUGUACCUACUAGGCACCUACUUCAGUACCUUGAGCAGUACUACCUUAAUCAAUCUUAGCUGCUCUGUUGCUACGAUCCAUCAGCUGCAAGUCUGGCAUCUCUUCUUUGCCCUUCCUACAUUACUCGACAGCUUUGCCAAGUCUUUCGCUUCAAUUUAACCCCUGGCAGAGCAAGAAGCUUCGCGAAAAGGUACUGUUAACUCUUUCAAGGUUCCCCCGUUUCAUGACCCACACUACACAACAUGCCCGCGACAAGCUCGUCGGAAGAGCAGGCGAUCGAUCGCGAGUACCCGCAGCGGCAUCGUCAUCAUCCUCAUCAGGAACUUGGACCGUUGCAGCAUAACCACAACGUGGCUGAAUUCCAGUCUCGGCUUCAUUGUCAACAGAAUCAAAGCUCACGGUCAACUUUGCAGCAUCAAACUUCUCAACAAAAUUUACGUCAUUCGUAUCCUCAGUCUAAUACUCACCUCACUAUCCCGAGUGCUGCCGGCUCAACAUCCCGCUCGUCUUCAAUUUCUCCUAUUCCAACACCGUCGAUAUCUCCCCCAGCUUCUGCCAUAUCUAUCGACGCUCUGUAUUCACCUCGAGAUUGUUCGCCGCCAGUACCAACUCCCUCUUCGAUCGGUACCGAGGCUUACGGCAGCCAUCCACAACGAGACUCAUACGAUCGCAAUAGCUCGGGUAGACACAGCCAGGAUAACGUUAACUUUGAAUCUCAAGGGCGCAAUCCGGCCAACAUGGCCAGCUGGUCGGGACAGCCCGCUAUCAGAGGCAACUCUGAGGCUGUGCGCAUGAUUUUAUUGAGUUUCGUCACCAUUGGCAUAACUUUCACAUGGGGUAUCGAAAUGACAUACUGCACGCCAUAUCUGCUUAAUCUUGGUUUAACCAAAAGCAACACAUCUCUGGUAUGGAUUGCUGGUCCGUUGUCCGGUCUUAUAGUUCAGCCUGUUGUCGGCGUCAUUGCAGAUGAGAGUAAGUCCAAAUGGGGACGUCGGCGACCGUUGAUGGUCGUUGGCUCUAUUGUUGUUGCUAUAAGCCUCCUAGUGUUAGGCUUUACCCGUGAGAUUGUCGGUUUCGUGGUAACCGAUGAUGAGGCUGCCAAGCGACCUACGAUAGUAUUGGCUGUAUUGGCCAUCUAUGUUGUUGAUUUCGCUAUUAAUGCUGGUGUGGUGCCACGAACGUCUCUUUAGCUCCCCCAAAACUAACGAGUUUUUCAGUUAUGUCAUGUUCUAAGAGUCUCAUUGUUGAUACAUUACCAAUCGACAAACAGCAGACGGGGGCGGCUUGGUCAAGCCGUAUGUCUGCAAUUGGUCAUAUGAUUGCGUAUGGUGCCGGGGCUGUAGAUUUAUUGAAGCUUUUUGGAACCACGCUUGGCGAUACUCAGUUCAAACAGCUCACGGUCAUCUCAACCAUUGCUCUUCUGAGUUCAACGUCACUCACUUGCUGGGCCGUUACAGAGCGGGUACUGGUAGCCUCCAAACCAACCCAGCAUGAAGGUCGCUUCAAAGUCUUUCGCCAAAUUUGGUCGACACUCCUAAACCUACCUCCUCGAAUCCAAGCCAUCUGCUGGGCACAGUUCUGGGCUUGGAUCGGCUGGUUCCCUUUUCUUUUCUAUAGUACCACAUGGGUUGGUGAAACAUACUUUCGUUACGACGUGCCCGCCGAUGCGAGGAAAUCCAAGGAUACCCUCGGUGCCAUUGGGCGCAUAGGAAGCACUGCGCUUGUUAUGUACUCCGUAAUCACAUUUGCAGGUGCCUGGAUUUUGCCCAUGUUUGUCCAGUCUCCUGAGGAUAACUCCUUUACCCAUCGGCCUCCUCAGGCAAUCGCAGGCUUCUUGACACGGUUUAACAAGGUGAAGCCUGAUCUAUUGACAGCUUGGAUGCUUGGGCACAUAAUGUUUGCUGCAUCCAUGUCCUUGGCGCCAUUUGCAACCAGCUUUCGAUUUGCGACUGUUCUGGUGUGUCUAUGCGGCAUACCUUGGACUCUCGCUAUGUGGGCUCCGAGUGCUUUCCUCGGCGUCGAGGUCAAUAAGCUCGGCGGUGGCGCCGGAUCAGAUGGCACAUAUCGUCGCAUUUCGGACGAGCCCGACAUUGAGCUCUCCGAGAUCAGUCACGAUGAUGCACCUUUGCAGCUUGAUCACGGUUCAGAGGUUGACUUGCCUUCUACAGCUUCUACAGGCGAGUUAUCGGGUAUCUACUUCGGCAUCCUCAACAUUUAUACGACGUUGCCACAGUUUGUUGGUACGUUCAUAUCUACCAUCGUGUUCGCUGUCCUCGAGCCUGGAAAGAGUCCCGAGCUCGCGGGUGAUGAAAAGAAGCAACCAGAUCCAGAUGGUCCGAACGCCAUUGCGGUGUGCCUAUUCAUCGGAGCCAUGAGCAGUUUGGUUGCAGCAUAUGUGACCCGGAAGCUAAAAGUCAUGUAAGAUGGACAAUUCUGUGGAGUUAUCGUGUACUACUUGUGUUCUUGCUACUUAUGGUGUUGCAAUUCUCGUUUAUGACUCAUCUGACUUGGGGUUGGAUAUUGUUUCGAUAUAUUGGCGCAGAGGUCAUUGCCAGCGUAGGCUUAAGACUCAUGUGGUGAGUCGUAGCUGUAUUUGGAGUAUGGUUUGAGUGCAGAGCGUGCCAACGAUCAUGACAUACGUGACGUGGAGUUCAUCACCAUAGUUCGGCUCUAAUUGAUAUCUAAGAUAGAAAGAUGUGACUACGCUAACCACAUACACGCCAGAAAUCACAGAUGUCGCAAGGGGUAUCCUCCUCCAGAGUCGUCUCUUUCUCUGCAAUCACUAACGCAUCCAUACCAUCCUACCUCAUGGUCUGAAUUCGUGUCCCCUGACCCGUGUAUACAGUGAUUCUAUUUGUCUUUCUCAUUCUCAGCUUCAGAUACCUUCUCCCACUCGUCCUCCGUACUGACACUUGACUGUGUACCCGCAGCCCCAGAACGUUGCUUCACUUCCCCCUUUGUCUGAAGAGGCUCGACUCCGGCAGCAGCUACAGCAACGUCAGAGGUUGUAGCGACGACGGGAGACGGCUUGCUCGGGACAGUCGUCUCGACCUCCGUCUCACUGUCUUCACCAUCGUUGCCCGACGCCUCUUUCUGUUGUUGCUUCUCUUUCUCCUCCUUUUCACGCUGCUCUCGCUGGGCGAUGGCAAGCUCGGCGGCAAACCAGUUGACGCUCCACCACAAGCCACCACAGAGGAUGGAAAGAAUGACGCAGUGGAUAUUGUAUGUAGCGAGCAGGAGACAGAAUAAGACGGUCUGGAGAGCGGCAAAGGAGGCAUUCGCGGCCUUGAGGAUGGUGGGCGUCGGGCCUGGGGUAAAAAUGUCCUCCCAAAGCUUAACGAUGAAGGAUGACAUGGUUGAUGCUCUAUCGCGGGGUCGUUGUUGGCGGGGGUUUUGUUGCUCGAAGUAAUGGGCUAUGAGAGGGAGUAUGCUGAUAUCUUGAUCGCGUUGAUGUUGCGACUCUAUUCGGUAUAUAACGAGGGAAGACAAAGGCCUUUCUGGUGUAAUUUUAGUUCGUUGUUGCAGGUUUUCUUCUUCUCGAGGAUAGAGGCGGUCGCUGCCUGGCGACCACUCUAUUUCGCUAAUAGCGCAACUUGUACCAACCGGCUUUGUACGAGUGUUCUUUGUGGCCCAGUUAAGCGAAUCUAUCCGUGAAUAGAAGAGGAUAGCCCGUAUUGAAGCAGUACUGUGAUUGUUCGUUGGAUAUCGGGCUGAUGUGUCUUACUAGAGAGUGUACCUACAAUGACGACAGGUGG